AUGGAGACGCCCAUCGAGCGUGAAAUCCGCCGCAGCUGCGAACGCGAGGAGAGCCUGCGCCGGAGCCGGGGCCUGAGCCCAGGUCGCGCGGGCCGCGAACUCGUCGAACUGCGUGUGCGGCCGGUGCUCAGCCUGCCGGGCCCUGGCUCCGCGCUCCCGCGCGCCUUGGAGCGCGCUCGGGCGGGCGCGCAGAUGCAGCGAGACAUCGAGCGGGAGGCCCAUCGGCAGGCGGCGCUAGCGCGCCCCGAGGUCCCAAAGCAGCGCGCCCGGCAGCCGCCUCAGCCGCUGGGCGAGCUCAAGCGCUUCUUCGAGGCUGCCGGCGGGUGCGGCUCCUCGCCGGCGGCGGAGGGCAGCGCGGACCCGCAACGGCUGCCUGAGCCCGGAGGCCGGCCACGUUCAGUCGUGCAGAGCCGGUGCCCGGUGCUGGCCCGCGCCCCGCCGCCCAUCGCACCAUCGCUGCUGGAGCAGGAGGUGCGCGAGGUGAAUGAGCGGGAGCGGGAACUGCAGCGCCAGCGCCUCAGCGUCUACGGUACCGCCGAGUUCAAGGAGCCCGCGCCCAGCCUAACUGCGAGCAGGGGCGACGGAAAGCUGGCGGUGAUCUGGCCUCCCCGCAGAAAGGCUACGGAGAACGGUCUGGAGCAGGUGGGAACCCCUUUCCCCUCCUGCCUCAGGCGUUUGUCGCUGCCCCCCACCCCAACCCUCUGCGUGCGAGAACGCUGGGCUGGGGAAAGGACCCCCUGGGAAGUCACUCUGCGCUAGGACCCAAAGUCCCGGACGUGGCCCAGGGGUGUCGAGAAGGCGGUGGUCCUGGGGCUCAAACUGCCCCACCCGGGGCCUGGGUGUCCCCACUCGCGGUGCGCGGGCCCCCGAGGCAUGCCUUCGGUCUGGCCCCUCUCUCCAGGAGGAGCGGAAGCCUUGAGGUUCGAGCCGGCUGGGGUCCCCGGACGAAGGUAACAUGCCCGUCAGAGGACCCAGGCAGGGGCGCCCAGGUGUGCCCUCCGGAUCGGCGGAAGGCCUGGAGAGGGGCUACAGGUCUGAGCCAGGAAAGACGCAAUCGAUCAGCCCCUCCUCGAACCUGACUUUGUGAAAUUGACCAGAAUCUUGUAUAAAACUGUUAGUCCCAAUUGGAAAACACCACCAUCACAACCCCGCCAGUAAAACUGCCCCGCCCUUCUCCACCUAACUGCAAACGGAACUAGCCUCUCCUUCCGGCCUUGACUGUUAGAUAGGGGUCACCUCCUCGGCUGUUCCCACUCCCCAAUAAAGCCCCUUC